AUGUCUGACAUUGAUGAAGAUUUAUUAGCUCUUGCUGGUGCUGACGAAGACGAAGAGGAGAUUCUAACAUCUCACUCCAAGAAAUCUGAGAAUAACGCCUCUAAGAAGAGAACAAUUGAAGAAGUAAGUGACGAGGAAGACGACUAUAAUCCAGAGGAUAUGGGUUCUGGAAGAACCCACAGGAAUAAUGAAGAGGAGGAAGAAGAAGAAGAAGAAGAAGAAAAUCCGUUUCCAUUAGAAGGUAAAUAUAAGGAUGAGGAGGAUCGUGAACAUUUAGAGUCCUUGCCGGAAAUGGAACGUGAAACUUUACUUUUCGAGAGAUCUCAAGCUAUGAGAAAAUACCAGGAAAGGAAACUGUUCAGAGAACGUAACAGAGGGUUACAGAAACAUCAAGAAAAUAACAAACAGGAUAACAAAAAGGUUCGUUCCUCUGGUAGGACAACUCACCAAACUGGCCAUUCUGAUCUGAAAGCAUCUAAAUUAUCCCAAUUAAAGAGACAAAGAGAGAGAAAGAAUCAAAAGAAAAAUUACUCAGAUGAUGAAGACUUUGAAGAAGACGAAGAUGAGGAAGUAUACAAAGAUGAAUAUGAGGACGAGGACGAGGACCAAGAAUAUCUGGAAGAUGACGAAGAUGACGAAGGUUACAACCCAUUGAACAGAAAAUCUCGUUACACUGAGGAUGAGGAAGAAGUGGAAUGGGCGGAAGAAGAAACAUCUAGAGAUUCAGAAGUCAGUGAUUUCAAUAAAUUAAGAAUCGGCCGUUCCUUCGUUGCGAAAUAUUGUUUUUACCCAGAAUUUAAUGAUAUCAUCCAAGGUUGUUAUGGUAGGGUGAAUGUUGGUGUAGAUAAACGUUCAGGUCAAACAAAUUACAGAAUGGUUAAAAUUGAAAAAGUUUUCUUCCAAAAACCAUACAAUAUGGGUAAAUUUUUCACGAAUCAAUAUUUUGGUGUGACGCAAGGAAAAGAUAGAAAAGUGUUCCAAAUGAGUUUCUUCAGUGAUGGUCUCAUAACACAACAAGAAUAUGAUAGAUAUGUCAGGGCACUUGAGGGUUCCCAUACUUCUAAACCAACGGUAUAUAAUCUAAACAGCAAGUCCAAAGAAUUAGUUGCAUUUGUUUCGGAACCAUUGACUGAUAAAACGACAGAUACUAUCGUGAAAAAUAGAAUGCUGUUUAACAAAAAAUUAUCUGGUACGAAUGCAGUGCUUGAAAAGACUGUGUUGAAAGAAAAACUCCAAUAUGCGAGAGAAAAUGGUAAUGAGAGGGAUAUUGCGAAAUACUCAGCUCAACUAAACAGUUUCGAGAAAAGAAUGAACAUGUAUGAAAAGCAUCAUGAAAAUGACCAAGCUGGUAGCAAGAAAUUAGGUGCGUUAACAUCAAAAAAUAGAAAGUUAAAUAUGGACAAAACUAAAACUGUUGAGCAUACCAAGAAAGAAAGUACUUUUGAUUCAAAGAGUGACCCAUUCAGUAGAUUAAAGACCAGAACCAAGAUUUACUAUCAAGAUAUACAACAGGAAGAGAAUGAGAAGGCAAAAGAGCUUGCAAUUCAAAAGAAAUUGGAAGAGAAUGAGAUUGCUAAGGUAAAAAAGGAAAAUGAAUUAUUGGUAGCUCAAUUUAGACGUUUAGGUGGUCUCGAAAAGGUAAUUAGUAAUAUAAAUUUCGAUAUCAGUAUAAAUUUGUAA